UAUUAUUAUCGCCUUCCUCCUCGUGGGAUUGCAAACGACGACCUCGUCAGCCACCGCUGUAGACGAUCAAACGGGACCGAGGUAGACAGAGCCAGAGAGAGGGCGGAGGAGAAACCCUAGAAUUCGGCAUCCUUGUGGUGUUCCGAUGCGUCGCUAGGGUUUAGGGUUUUCUUCAGCGCCACGAGCAGCAGGAAGAAGAGAUCGCGGCGAGGAUGAUGGGCUCCAGGGGGCUGUUCGGCUGGUCUCCGCCACACGUACAGCCCCUGACGCCGGUUUCGGAGGUGUCGGAGCCACCCGAGUCGCCCUCGCCGUACACGGACGGCGGGGUGGACCCAGUUGCCCCGGAGGACGAGGGCGGCGAGGAGGACAUGGAGGAGAUCGAGCCGCCCCCGGCCGCCGUACCCUUCUCGAGGCUCUUCGCCUACGCGGACCGUGUCGAUUGGGCGUUGAUGGCAGUCGGCGCUGUUGCGGCUGCCGCGCACGGGAUCGCACUGGUGAUCUACUUGCAUCUUUUCGGGCAAGCCAUCGAUCUGUUGCGCUACGAGAGCGAGGGAUCCAGGUUGCACAACGACGGUGACCUUGUAUUAAGGAAAAUGAAGGACCAUGCCCUGUACAUCGUUUAUAUUGCUAUUUCUGUUCUGGUUGCUGGUUGGAUAGAGGUCUCUUGCUGGAUUCUAACUGGAGAGAGGCAGACUGCAGUCAUAAGGUCAAAGUAUGUUCAGGUCUUACUAAACCAAGACAUGAGUUUUUUUGAUACAUAUGGGAACAAUGGAGAUAUAGUUAGUCAAGUACUGAGUGAUGUCCUGCUCAUCCAAUCUGCUUUAAGUGAGAAGGUUGGAAACUAUAUUCAUAACAUGGCAACAUUCUUUGGUGGCCUUGUCGUUGGUUUGGUUAACUGUUGGCAGAUAGCACUUCUAACCCUAGCAAGUGGUCCUUUUAUUGUUGCAGCUGGAGGGAUAUCUAAUAUUUUUCUUCAUAGACUCGCCGAAAAUAUUCAAGAUGCAUACGCCGAAGCCGCAAGCAUAGCAGAACAGGCGAUCUCAUACAUUAGGACAUUAUAUGCCUUCACAAAUGAAACCCUUGCAAAGUAUUCUUAUGCAACCUCACUUCAGGCAACACUUAGAUAUGGUAUAUUGAUUAGUCUUGUGCAAGGCCUUGGUCUUGGGUUUACAUAUGGACUUGCUAUAUGUUCUUGUGCUUUACAACUUUGGGUUGGGAGAUUCCUUAUUUCACAUCAAAAAGCUAAUGGUGGAGAGAUCGUGACAGCUUUAUUUGCUGUAAUCUUAAGUGGACUUGGACUAAAUCAAGCGGCUACAAACUUUUAUUCAUUUGAACAAGGAAGAAUUGCUGCUUAUAGACUUUUUGAGAUGAUUAGCCGUUCAAACUCUUCUAUUAAUCAGGAGGGAAGCAUUCUAGGUUCGGUGCAAGGAAAUAUUGAGUUCAGGAAUGUGUAUUUCAGUUAUCUUUCUCGACCAGAAAUUCCCAUAUUAAGUGGUUUCUUCCUAACCAUUCCUGCUCGAAAAGCUGUGGCUCUUGUUGGUCGCAAUGGAUCUGGAAAAAGCAGUAUCAUUCCUCUUAUGGAACGAUUCUAUGAUCCAACACUCGGUGAAGUUCUUUUGGAUGGGGAGAAUAUAAAAAAUUUGAAGCUGGAGUGGUUGAGAGGCCAAAUAGGAUUAGUUACCCAGGAGCCUGCUUUGUUAAGUUUGAGCAUCAGGGAUAAUAUUGCUUAUGGAAGAUCUGCUACAUCUGAUCAGAUUGAGGAGGCUGCUAAAACAGCUCAUGCACAUGGAUUCAUUAGUUCCCUUGCAAUGGGAUAUGAAACACAGGUUGGCAGAGCAGGUUUAACUUUGACAGAAGAACAAAAAAUAAAGAUUUCAAUUGCCCGUGCUGUGCUUUCAAAUCCUUCCAUACUUUUACUAGAUGAGGUCACAGGUGGACUCGAUUUUGAGGCAGAAAGCGCUGUUCAGGAGGCUUUGGAUAUCCUCAUGCUGGGAAGGUCCAGUAUAAUAAUAGCCAGACGCCUUAGUCUUAUCCGUAAUGCUGACUAUAUUGCCGUAAUGGAAGAAGGUCAACUUGUGGAAAUGGGCACUCAUGAUGAGCUAUUGAAUCUUGAUGGUCUGUAUGCUGAACUCUUGAGAUGCGAGGAGGCAGCAAAGCUUCCUAAGAGGACGCCCAUCAGGAAUUAUAAAGAUUCAAAUCUUCAAACUGAGAGGGCUUCAUCAGGGACUCAGAGACUUCAAGAACCAUCAUCUCCUACUUUGUCAAAGUCACCUUCUCUUCAGAGAGGAGAAGAUCUUCUCUUAACUAAUCAGCAAGAUGCCAGUUAUAACUCACACGAGUCAUCAAAGAGUCAUAGCCCACCUCCAGAACUGACUCUGGAAAAUGGGAUGGCAUUGGAAAAAUUUACAUCCUUCAAAAGGCAGGACAGCUUGGAGAUGAGGUUGCCUGAGCUUCCCAAACUACAUGUUCAUUCCAUUAACAGGCAAUCUUCAAAAACAUCAGACCCAGAAUCUCCUAUUUCCCCACUUCUGACAUCUGAUCCUAAAAAUGAGCGGUCUCAUUCAAAUACUUUCAGUCGUCCAAUUAAUCUGUUUGAUAUGGUUCAUGUUAAAAGGAAAGAGGUGAAUGAGUUUCAACAACAUAAACCUCCAUCGUUCUGGCGGCUUGUGGAACUCAGUUUUACUGAAUGGCUUUAUGCUCUUCUAGGAAGUAUUGGUGCUGCAAUAUUUGGAUCAUUCAAUCCUCUCCUUGCUUAUACUAUUGCACUUAUAGUAGCAGCAUAUUAUAGAAUAGAUGGUGUCCGUGAUGUACACAAUGAAGUAAAUAGGUGGUGCUUGUUCAUUGCCUGCAUGGGUAUUGUCACAGUGGUUGCAAACUUUUUGCAACACUUCUACUUCGGUAUAAUGGGAGAGAAAAUGACUGAACGAGUUAGGAGGAUGAUGUUCUCUGCAAUUUUGCACAAUGAAAUUGAGUGGUUCGAUGAUGAAGAGAAUAGUGCAGAUACAUUGUCAAUGCGAUUGGCUAAUGAUGCAACCUAUGUUCGUGCUGCAUUCAGCAACCGCCUCUCUAUAUUAGUACAAGACAUUGCUGCUGUUGCCGUUGCAUUUCUUAUAGGUUUGCUGUUAGAUUGGCGUGUGGCACUCGUUGCACUGGCAACUCUACCCAUCCUAACUGUUUCUGCUGUUGCACAGAAAAUGUGGCUUGCUGGAUUUUCAAAGGGAAUUCAAGAGAUGCACAGGAAAGCCUCUUUAGUCCUUGAAGAUGCUGUUAGAAAUAUCUAUACUGUUGUUGCCUUUUGUGCUGGUAACAAGAUCAUGGAGCUGUAUAGAUUGCACCUUUCUACCAUACUGAAACAGAAUUUCACCCUUGGAAUGACAAUUGGUUUUGCUUUCGGCUUCUCACAGUUCCUCCUUUUUGCCUGCAAUGCUCUUCUUCUUUGGUACACAGCUAUUUCAGUACACCAUGGCCGACUCAAAGUAGCCACAGCACUUAAAGAGUACAUUGUCUUUACUUUUGCAACCUUUGCUUUGGUAGAGCCAUUUGGUCUUGCACCUUACAUACUAAAGCGGCGGAAGUCUCUUACUUCAGUGUUUGAAAUCAUAGAUCGUGUACCAAAGAUCGAUUCAGAUGAUAAUACUGGCAUAAACCCUCCUAAUAUAUAUGGAAGCAUUGAAUUCAGAAAUGUAGAUUUCUUCUACCCAACUCGACCUGAGGCAAUGAUUCUCAGUAACUUCAGUCUUAAGGUGAGUGGAGGGCAAACAGUGGCAGUAGUGGGGGUGUCUGGAUCAGGAAAGAGCACGAUAAUAUCUCUGAUUGAGAGAUUCUAUGAUCCUGUUUGUGGCCAAAUUUUGUUGGAUGGGCGAGAUCUGAAGCUCUUUAACUUGAGAUGGUUGCGGAGCCACAUGGGCCUUGUUCAACAGGAACCAGUCAUAUUUUCAACAACCAUAAGAGAGAAUAUAAUCUAUGCGAGGCAUAAUGCAACUGAAGCAGAGAUGAAAGAAGCAGCAAGGAUUGCAAAUGCACAUCAUUUCAUCAGCAGUUUGCCGCAUGGUUAUGACACUCAUGUGGGCAUGAGAGGGGUUGAUUUGACUCCUGGACAGAAGCAAAGAAUUGCCAUUGCUAGGGUGGUACUAAAGAAUGCACCUAUACUGUUGUUAGAUGAGGCAAGCUCUGCGAUAGAAUCUGAGUCGAGUCGAGUGGUGCAGGAGGCACUCGACACCUUGAUCAUGGGGAACAAGUCAACAAUUCUUAUCGCGCAUAGGGCAGCAAUGAUGAGGCAUGUGGACAAUAUUGUGGUUCUAAAUAGUGGCAGGAUAGUUGAGCAGGGCACCCACGAGUCACUAUUGCAGAAGAACGGAUUGUACGUAAGGUUGAUGCAGCCACAUUUUGGGAAGGGCCUUCGACAGCAUCGGGUCGUCUAGGCAAAUUUUCUCGCGGCGCUUGUAAAUUAUACUGGACCAACUAGUUCUCUUUCACCUGACAUUUGAUUGUGAAAAGCUUCCUCCUCAAAUGAAACAUCUCAGCUCCAUUAAAUGUAGAUCCGUGCGGGCAGCGGCUACUAUCGGAAUGAACUAAAUGGAGAACUAUUGCAACUUGUAACAUUAUUGAUCUCUGGAGUUGUGAAAUGUGCCAUAGGGUUUGCAAAAAGGUUGGAGGUCAACUGGACAAUUAAAGGCAUCAUGCAUCGAGUGUUGUGCAUUAAUUAUUUUGGAGGCUAGGCUCUUUGUUCUGUGGAAUGCUGCCUGCACUCUGUAUUGAUCUGUAAAUUCAAAGAAUGAAAGGUGUGUUGUAUUUUUA